UGAGGCGACCUGGAGCAGGGCUUUAAAUUCGGCAACACCCUGAUUUGGUAGCUUGCGUAAUGGGAAGAUGAAUCGCUGUUGAAGGUGAAAGUAAACCAGUCAUUUUUAAAUGGGGAAAUGGAGACCUGCAUGCAAAUGAAUGAGGUUAAGAGGAACCAACCACAAAAAGAUCGACAGAAUCAUUUUUGACGUUUGUGGUAUGUCAGUAACGACGAGAAGACACGACGAAUAUAAUUGCAAACUAAGUUUGAUUAACUUUUUCAUGCCUGAUACUGAUGGGCAUAACUCAUUUAUCAAGAACUUCAGUUCCUCGUUUUUAAGUGCCAGAGAGAAUUUGUCCGGGUGUUUGAACGUUUGCGAUCCUAAAGCAGUGGGUGUAGGCUACAUUUCCCGGAAGCUCGCCUGUGCACAGUUUUGGAACGACUAAAGAGUCAAUGAGUGAGAGGCAUGGCUGACUGGAACCUUGGUGUGGGAACGUUGAUCGAGACCAAUCUCAAUGGGCUUGCAGUCCUGCUGGACAAUGCCAAGUGUGGGUGGAAACAGCUGGCUAAAGCUGCGAUGGAUCAGCCACGCUUCCGCUGCAGCGAGAGUGAGCUGACCAAUUGCUCGCUCCAGGUCCUGAACUGUAGCGGCAGUUCAGGGCGCUUUCUCCUCGACAUGCUGAAAGAGCGUGGAUGUACCUUGGCCUUUCUCCUGCAGUGCCUCCGAAAGAUGGAGCAUCAUGAGGCAAUAGAGUAUCUCACUACUGCAGUGGAGCAGAUCCAGAUUACAGUGCAGCCUCAGCCACAGCAUGCCCUAGAGGGAAGCAGAGUGGUGUUGAGCUGCAAGGGCUCCGGCCCCCCUACUCUUGGCUACCAGUGGUUCAAAGGCAAAGAAGAGAUCCCAGGAGGAAGUGGCCCUAAUCUGGUGGUGCCUUUCCUUACGGCGGUUGAGCAGGGCCACUAUAUCUGCCGUGUUAACCAUGGGGAAAGAUUCAUCUUCUCCAACUGGGCACAUGUGCGUGUGAUCCGGUCAGGCAACUCUAGCUCAGAGGCUAGUAGCACCUUUUUUCCUACGACAAGUGGAUUGCGAAUCAUUUAUCAGCCAAGGCAACAGACACUAUCUGAAGGAGAAGACCUGCUCCUUCGGUGCUCUGCAGAGGCAAAUCCUCCUCCUCAAUACCAGUGGUACCAUAAUAAAAAACCUCUAGAAACAGCAGUUAACUCCAAACUGAAGAUACCGGGUGUAACAACAGCAGAUAGAGGAAGUUAUUAUUGUCGAGUCUUCAAUCUUUACCAUGAAAUCAGGAGCGAAGAGGUCCACAUAAACAUUGGACCAAGUUCCAUGACUGAGGUCUGGAAAUCAGAUGAUGAAGAUCUGUCUACAGGGUCCACUAGGCCGCCUAGCAGCUUCUAUGAUCUGUCUAUGGGGUCUACUAGGCCGCCUAGCAGCUUCUAUGCCACAGAUAAGGUCGCUCUCCUUAUGGGUAACAUGAACUACCUUCACCACCGCCAGCUUCGUGCACCUAUGGCUGAUGUGCAUGAACUGACAAACCUGCUACGCCAGCUAGACUUCAAGGUUGUAUCUCUACUAGAUCUCAACUGGCAGGAGAUGCACAGUGCUGUGACUGAGUUCCUCCUGCUGCUUCAUCGUGGGGUCUAUGGCCUUCUCUACUUUGCUGGCCAUGGCUAUGAGAACUAUGGUAAUAGUUUCAUGGUGCCCAUAGAUGCUCCAGCCUCCUAUACCUCAGAACACUGCUUGUGGGUUCAAGGGGUGCUGCAUAGGAUGCAGGAGCGGGAAACCGGUCUUAAUGUCUUUCUGUUGGACAUGUGUCGCAAAAGGAACUUAAAUGAUGUCACCAUACCACGACCUGAUGCUAGGAAAGUGACUGCAAACAUAGUGUUUGGUUAUGCUACGUGUGUGGAUGCUGAGGCUUAUGAGGUGAAUAAAGAUGAUCUGUCCAAUGGCAUUUUCAUAAGCUAUCUGAAGAAGAGACUUAUGGAAGAUGAAAAGGUUACUGUAAUGCUGGACAGAGUGGCUGAGGACAUGGGCCGGUGUAGGAUCACACGUGGUCGGCAGGCCCUGGAGCUACGAAGUAAUCUGUCUGAGCGCAGAGCGCUGACAGACAAAAUCCAGAGCACUGACUGCUCUGUAACAUCAGCACGUAAUCUACAGUGGGCCAUCGCUCAUGUUUUGCCAGAGAGCCGGACGUUAGAGUUUGAUUGUGGUGUGAAGGUGCAGCUGGGGUAUGCAGCCGAGUUUUCCAACAUAAUGAUCAUCUACACCCGGAUAUUACAGCAGCCCAAGGACAUAGACCACUGCUCUGCCCAGCUGUCUAACUUCUCUGAGGACCUGGAGAUAGACCUCAAACACACAAAUCAAGAGAGUCUUGAGGAAGCUGGGAGUAUAUUAUUUACAAUAGAUUUUCUGCCACAGCCAGAAGUCCCAAAGCUGUACACCCGUCUCAAAGCACUUCAGAGACUAAAGAAAGAGCUGACAUUUACAGUUUGUCUUCACUACCAAUACUCAAACCUGGAGGAGGAGGUUCAAGAGAGGCAAACUGUCUCCAUUGGCAAACCUCUGGUGUCCAAACUUAAUCUCCAUGAGCCCACUUGUUCUUCAUCGUCCUCUUUUGAUUUUAAUUCAUCAAGCCUACCAGAGUCAGCCAUGUACACCCAGGGCCUGGGUGAGCCCUCUGAGACAUCCACUGCCAGCACGUCCGCUGCCACAAGCUGGUCCUACUACUCUACCCCAGGGGAGACUCCAGAAGUUCCACCCUCCAAUAAAGUCAAUUUGCCAGAAGAAAAUCUUGACACUGAUGAAUGUCAACCUUACUCUGCAACCAAAAGCCUUCCCUACGCUCCUGUGGAUGACAUCACAUUCCGUUUUAGCAACAUGCAGAAUUUUCAUUCCUUGUAGUGCAGAUGGAUGAGGACAACCUUAUUUUUCUGCAUAAUGGCGUGUAGGCCUAUAUUUUGAAACAUAUUUGGGUCAAACUGGAGAACUUUGUUCUCAUUGUUUGACGGGGAUAGAAAAAAGGCAUAUUUGUAUGUUAAUAUGAGCCUUGCUAAGAGUAUAUUUUCCUGUAGUUUGGUAAAGAUUUUACAAGACAUGCGACUUAAUAAAAUGUGUGUAACAAA